AUGAAACCUGGUCUAAGAACAAUAGAAAUAUAUGAUUUAAAUAGAAAUAGAUGAAAACAAGCUGCAUCUAUUAAAAUACGUGAUCCAUAUUAUGAUUCGAUUUUAGCAGCUUUCGAAGGAAAAAUUAUAAUUGCUCCACAUGGCAGCAGUAGUGUGAAGGCUUUUGACCCUUUUUGUAACAGUGCAUCAAAGAUAUUAAAGCUUAAACCAAAUUACGGAACAUUUCUUUUGGCUGCGAAUGAUAAAUUGUAUUGCAUUCAACCUGAAGGGUAUGCUUAUGAGAGUUUGCCAAGAGACUGCACACAAUGGAUGUGCAUCAGCAAAACUAUUAUUGCAAAGGGAAUUUAUGGGCUUCCUAUGUAUUCAUUGUAUAAUGAUUCAAUUUAUUUUGUAGGUGUUCCACAUUGCAUAUCAUUGUAUGAGUUUAAUUUGAAAACCCGGAGCAUGACAUUUAUUGAUCACUUAUAUUAA